AUGGCAGUCAGGUUCAUCCCCGCGGAUCAGAUCGAUGAGACGUUCAAGUCAAAGUACACCGACCUCAUCUCCGCGCCGCUGGGCUCCAAGAUCGUAUCCUUCAGCGACGAGUGGUUCGCAGCAGCCUCCAACCUCACCACCAAAACGGCGCCCAUCUCGCGCCCAGGCGUCUUCGUGCACUCGGGCGCCUGGUACGACGGGUGGGAGACACGGCGCCACAACAGCGCGCCCUUUGACUGGGUCGUGAUCCGCCUGGGGACUGCCAGCGGGCGAGUCGCGGGCGUGGAAGUCGACACGGCCUUCUUCAACGGCAACCACGCGCCCGAAAUCGCGGUCGAGGCCACCUUUGCCGACUCGGACGAGGACGUCAAGACCGAGGCGUACGCUGCCUGGGAGCCCGUGCUGGCCAAGCAGGAGUGCGGACCCUCGCAGCGCCACGGCUGGCUGCUCCCGGCCGUCACGGACAAGGCGUACACCCACGUCCGCCUGCUGAUGUACCCGGACGGCGGGAUCGCGCGGUUCCGCCUGUACGGGCACGCGGUCCCCGUGUUCCCCGCGGCCGCCUCGGCCGUGUUCGAGCUCAGCGCGACCGUCAGCGGCGGCGUCGCCACCUCGUGCUCCGACCAGCACUUUGGCACAAAGGACAACCUGCUGCUGCCCGGCCGCGGCCACGACAUGGGCGACGGCUGGGAGACGAAGCGCACGCGCGGCGACCACGUCGACUGGGUGAUUGUCCGCCUCGGCUGCUCUGGCCAGAUCGACCACCUCGUCGUCGACACCGCGCACUUCCGCGGCAACUUCCCCCAGCGCGUCCAGGUCUUCGCCGGCCGCUUCGAUGCAGACCCCGCCCAUGACGAUGGCGCGUGGGUCGAGGUCUUGGCGCCGCAGAAGAGCGCGCCGGAUGUCGAGAUGGAGUACCGUGCCGAGCUGGCCAAUGUCCAGGGCCAGACGUAUUCGCACGCCAAGCUGGUGAUUAUCCCCGACGGCGGGGUGAAGCGGUUUAGGGUUUUUGGACGGAGAGCGUAG